AUGCCUCCCGAAGGUGAUGGCGCCGCACAGGGCGGGAAUAACUCGAGCGACUUUGUUCGCAAGCUCUACAAGUUCGUCCACCCUGCCGACCCUGCAUACGCGAACAUUGUGAGAUGGGGAAACGAGGGCGACACCUUUGUCAUCCUUGAGACGGACAAGUUCACCAACGACAUCCUGCCCAAGCACUUCAAGCACAGCAAUUUUUCGAGCUUUGUACGCCAGCUGAAUAAAUAUGACUUUCACAAGCUUCGACGAAACGACGAGAACAACGAGUCGCCUUACGGCAAACAGGCCUGGGAAUUCAAGCAUGCUGCGUUUCGAGCGGACAGGAAAGACAACCUCGACAACAUCAGGCGCAAGGCGCCCGCCCAACGCAAGGCCCAGCCGACGGAAGACUCCUUCACCACCAACCAGUCCAUCAACCUGCUCCAGGAGACACUGUUCGCGCAACAGCAGCAGGUCCAGGCCCUGCAGGAGCAGUUUGUUGAGCUCUCACGCGCCAACAAGACGCUUGUGCAUGAGGUGCACUCGCUGCAGAAGACUAUUGACGUACAGAGGCAGUCAACGCAUGAGCUUCUGAAUUUCCUCUCCAGUCCUGACGAGCGAUGGCGCACUGGUAGGUAUCCGAACCAGGCUGCGGCCCACAUGAAUGGCGGCACCAUGGAUGAGCAGGCGCCCGAGUUGCGCCGCGCCCGCGAGCUUCUGUCAACGGUGACGACAAACUCCAUGGUCGAACGCGACUUUGAGCGCCUCAACGGCAUGUACGCCCAGAGCUCGCCGCCCGACUCGGCGUCGUCCCUCAUGUUCCAGCCGGGCUCCAUGCCCCCCAUGAUGGCCGACCACGUCAAUAUGCGUCAUCUCGUCUACCCUGUUGGCGAAAAUGUGGGCAUCGAUCCCUUGUCGCAAGACCACUUCAACAACAUUCCGUACACCCUCAACUCGUUGCCGACCCUCACCAAUGACUACCCGAACCAGACCAUGGUCAAGCAGGAGCCGGGGCCGGCAACGCCGAACCCACCAGGCGGUGCCACGCCGGCGCCGCCAGGCCCUGCUGGCAGGGCAGCACCGCCGCAGGACAACUCGCUGUGGGGAGCAAAGAAGCCGCGUGUCUACCUUGUCGAGGAUGAUAGGACGUGCUCGAGGAUAGGAGCCAAGUUCUUGUCGCAGAUGGAGUGCCAGGUAGAGGUUGCGGAAAACGGUAUCGACGCUGUCAACAAGUGCAAGGAAGUCGGUGCCGGGUAUUUCGAUCUGAUCUUCAUGGACAUUGUCAUGCCUCACAUGGACGGUGUCUCGGCAACGCAACUGAUCCGCGAGGUGCACCCCGAUGUGCCCGUGGUCGCCAUGACGUCGAACAUUCGCCCGGAAGAUAUCAGUCACUAUUUCAACUGGAGUAAGUUCCCCACCAUUAGUAGCGUCAUCACUGUGGGACUGCAUCGCUGA